AUGGUUGAUUCAACCAUCAAAAUUCUCACCUUAGUCUCCUUUCUUGUCCUCAUUUCUCAAGGCUAUAGCAAAUGUUCAUUAAGUAAUCUCUCCAUAUACCAACGUCCAACCGGACAUCAAUUGAAGCAAUUUCCAGAAUAUCGUGUUGAUAUCAUCAACAGUUGCCCUAAUUGUGUUCAGAGGAAUGUGAAGAUAAAUUGCCCUAAUUUUGAAACAGUUGAAUUUGUAGACCCUUCAAUUUUCAAUGUUUCCGGCGAUGUUUGUCUUGUUAAUGGUGGUAAACCUAUUGUAACAAAUGUUAAUGUCACCUUUAAUUAUGCUUGGAGUAAUUCAUUUAUAUUAACUCCAAACUCAUCGAUUAUUAAUUGUUAA